GUUUCGAAACAUAAUCAUUUUUCAUUUGAUGCGCAAGUCUAAAAGUAGUUUGUAAGACUAAAAAUAUGCUUCAAGACGUGAAUCUCAUUUUCCCGUUGUUAUUGACUGCCCUGGCAGUAACAUGCGGCCUAAGAGAAGGAGCACAAGUUACUCUAAGUAACAAUGGUUACGAGGGACUCCUGAUUGCUAUUUCGGACUCAGUUCCAGCAAGUCCGGAGCUGAUCCCGAGGAUCCAGCAAUACUUCGAAGAAAUGUCUGCCCUGCUUUUUGCUGCAACGAAACGACGUGCCUAUCUUCGAGAUAUUAUCAUUCUCGUCCCGAAAUCAUGGCCGGAAAAUUCCACCUAUGGACAAGCAGGAAUUGAAGCCUUUGAUAAAGCCAAUGUCAUCAUAGACAAGCCCAGUGGUUUAGAGGGUAACAACCCAUACGUCAAACAAAAGGGAGAAUGUGGACAGCCGGGGACGUUUAUGCACUUGACUCCCGCAUUCGUACUAGACGAUGCCGUUGCAAGGCAAUACGGCAGCUCUCCAGCUAAGACAGUCCUCCAUGAGUGGGGACAUUUGCGCUGGGGUUUGUUUGACGAGUAUCCGGUGGACGAAAACGAUGCUCACUUUUACCACGAUUCCAUAUCUGGGGAGAUAGAAAGCGUGCGCUGUUCCCGUGGAGUGAUGGGAAGGGGGUAUAAGAUAGUUAACGACAACAUUAUAUGGAGUUGUUCCUUGGAUAAAAACACCAGCCUGCCAGAGAGAAAUUGCAGGUUCGCCCCUUCUGUCUCUGCCAAUGAAGGGACUGCCUCUCUCAUGUCCUACCAUUUCGUGAAUUCGGUUAUCGAGUUCUGUGACAAUGAUGAACAAGCACAUGCACUUGACCUACAUAACGACCAGGCCCCUAACAGGCAGAAUAGACUCUGUGGUGGCAGGAGUGCCUGGGAAGUCAUGAGAGAGCACGAAGAUUUUAGGAACAGUAGGCAAUACUUCGAAGAAAUGUCCGCCCUGCUUUUUACUGCAACGAAACGACGCGCCUAUCUCCGAGAUAUUACCAUUCUCGUCCCUAAAUCAUGGCCGGAAAACUCCACCUAUGGACAAGCAGGAAUUGAAGCAUUUGAUAAAGCCAAUGUCAUUAUAGACAAGCCCAGCGGUUUAGAGGGUGACAACCCAUACGUCAAACAAAAGGGAGAAUGUGGACAGCCGGGGACGUUUAUGCACUUGACUCCCGCAUUUGUACUAGACGAUGCCGUUGCAAGGCAAUACGGCAGCUCUCCAGCUAAGACAGUCCUCCAUGAGUGGGGACAUUUGCGCUGGGGUUUGUUUGACGAGUAUCCGGUGGACGAAAACGAUGCUCACUUUUACCACGAUUCCAUAUCUGGGGAGAUAGAAAGCGUGCGCUGUUCCCGUGGAGUGAUGGGAAGGGGGUAUAAGAUAGUUAACGACAACAUUAUAUGGAGUUGUUCCUUGGAUAAAAACACCAGCCUGCCAGAGAGAAUUUGCAGGUUCGCCCCUUCUGUCUCUGCCAAUGAAGGGACUGCCUCUCUCAUGUCCUACCAUUUCGUGAAUUCGGUUAUCGAGUUCUGUGACAAUGAUGAACAAGCACAUGCACUUGACCUACAUAACGACCAGGCCCCUAACAGGCAGAAUAGACUCUGUGGUGGCAGGAGUGCCUGGGAAGUCAUGAGAGAGCACGAAGAUUUUAGGAACAAUAAUAAUCCUCCUGUACAAGGUUAUAUAGAUACAACUCCUACUUUCAAAGUGGUUCAACAGCAACUCAAGAGAUAUGUACUGGUUCUCGACGUAUCCGGAAGUAUGGCGUCGAACAACAAAUUAGUUAACUUGAAAAAAGCUUGUGUUGGAUUCCUGCAGACCACCGUUGAUGAAGGCAGUCAAGUAGGCAUAGUAACAUUUAAUUCUGUAGCCGCCACGUUGAAGAGACUGACGACGGUGAACUCGGAAGCGGUGAGGAAUCAGCUGACAACUCUUGUAUAUGGUCUUGUUGCCAAUGGAGGCACUUGUAUUGGCUGUGAUAAUAAUCCUCCUGUACAAGGUUAUAUAGAUACAACUCCUACUUUCAAAGUGGUUCAACAGCAACUCAAGAGAUAUGUACUGGUUCUCGACGUAUCCGGAAGUAUGGCGUCGAACAACAAAUUAGUUAACUUGAAAAAAGCUUGUGUUGGAUUCCUGCAGACCACCGUUGAUGAAGGCAGUCAAGUAGGCAUAGUAACAUUUAAUUCUGUAGCCGCCACGUUGAAGAGACUGACGACGGUGAACUCGGAAGCGGUGAGGAAUCAGCUGACAACUCUUGUAUAUGGUCUUGUUGCCAAUGGAGGCACUUGUAUUGGCUGUGGUCUUCACAGAGGCAUUCAGUUGCUAGAGGAAAAUAACAAUGUGGCGGCUGGUGGUAUUUUGAUUGUCGUAAGUGAUGGCAAGGAAAAUACUGGGUCCUUUCCAAACGUGGCGACAAUGAAACCAAUUCUGAUAGAGAAGAAAGUGAUAGUUGAUGCUUUACUGUUUACGGAUUUGGCUGAAGACCAGCUGAUUUCUUUAGCUAAAGACACCGGUGGCCUGUCUUUCUUUGACACGGGGAAUACUCUGUCAACAGCCCUCACAGACGCCUUGUCAAAAGCCGUCACACAGAGGACCAGCGGACUUAGGAAAAAUCUAGUUCAGGUAUUGUCAGAUACCAUAACAGUUUCCAGCAGAAACGCUUUUCAAGGCUCCGUGUAUGUUGACAGUACUGUUGGAAACAGCACACGGUUUACGUUCACAUGGAGCACUGGUUCGAUCACUGUGACAUUGAGAGCACCUGGCAAUGUGACCAUAACGCCCACUGCGCAGGACUACGGGUCUGGAGUACUGAGUCUUAAUAUAGAGGGCACGGCAAAGGUCGGGAAAUGGCUCUAUACUGUCACCAGCUCGGGUUCCGAAAACGCAGCAGUCCAGGUCCAGGUGUCUUCACGUCCCUCUUCAGACGCUGCACCCAUUGUACUGAGUGCCAGUGUGAGCAGUGAUACCGUAGAUAUUGCAGAUCCGAGUAUGUCUCGCAUUGUCAUAUACGGAGAGGUUACUCAAGGCUACACACCGGUAGUUGGCGCCACUGUGGUGGCUUAUGUUGACACAAGUGCUGGGAAUACCCACACAUUACAACUGCUUGAUAACGGGGCAGGUGCGGAUAACGCAAAAAACGAUGGAAUCUAUACAGCGUACUUUCUUAACUUCGGAGGCAACGUGAAACAUUCAGUGCAAGUUGCAGUAAAAGGGGAAGAAGGUGCUUCGGUCAAAUCCGCUGGCUCUUCAUCAAACGGCAUAAAGAGCAAUAUCACCUUCAAGUCUGUAGAACCAUUCGAGCGUUCCGACAGCGGAGGUUUAUUCACCGUUAAGAAUCUCCCAGCUUCGACGCCUGGUUCAGAACCACCUGACCUGUACCCUCCUGGAAGAAUCUACGACCUGGCGCUGGUAGCAGUUAACACUGAGGACAAAACUGUUACAUUGUCCUGGACAGCGACUGGUGAUGAUCUGGACCAAGGAAAUGCAUCGAGUUACAUCAUUCGCUACAGCUCGUCAAUCUCAAAACUUCGACUAAACUUCAAUAACACCAAUAAACUCCUUGAAAGGGAUCUUGUCCAGGGAAAACUCGAUUCUCCCUUACCAGCCGGCGAAACAGAAACUUUCGUCGUCCGAUUCAACCAAGCAAAUGAUUUGAAUAUCACGUAUUUCAUAGCACUAGUGGCCACGGACGAUAAAAAUCAGACAGGAGAAGUGUCGAAUAUCGUUUCGGUAUCUUUUGUCUACAGCAACCCCUUUCCUUCCCCUGAUAUAACAACAAGUACAGAGGCAACCACUGAAAGAAUCACAAUAACAACUGAACUCAAAACACCUGCAGUGGCUACUACAACUAGUCUUAUGACUGAAAUGAUGACUGAAAAAAGAGCGACGGAAUCAUUGGCCCCGGAGAGCACUUUGAUUGGUCUUAUUGGUUAUAUCGUAGCUGGUGUUGCUGUUUUGGUCAGUUUGAUAUUAAGCUGUAUAAUUGUUGCGCUAGGAUUACAUAUUCGUAAGAGGAGCCGGUCACAUGGGGGAAGUCAAGCAAAGUGGAGAGAUAACCACGGAUUUAACGACACGGGUGUCUGACCAAUUGGAAUGAAAGCAUGC